GACCAACCCGCACUUGACGAUCCCGAUAAUUGUUCCUUCCGAAACCACAAAACCCUAAAACUUAUAUCUUCAUCUCCGCCGACUACAGCAACACUUUACAGGGCCCAUCAUCUUCUUCGAAAACCAGAAAGCUUAAGCUUCCCCUUUCACUUCGGUCAUCAGCUUCCAGCGUCGCGCGCCACAAUAGUCUCUCGUCAACCGCGCGUUUCAUCCUUUCUUCCACGCUCACGCCUUCGGGGUUCUCUCAUUCUCAUCACCGGCGUCUCUUUCUCCUCUCCCCUUCAUAAUAGCGGAUCUGUUCUCCUUUCCUCCCUCUGUUGGAGCUGAAAGCUUCCGGAACCCGACCGCAACCUCAAAUCGAUACUCUUCAACUCACCGGGGCCAGGUGCCCAGUAAUAAAGAUUUCAGGACUUCCUCAGGCAGAUAUGGAAGAAGUGGAGAAAAAUAAAGAGGAAGGAGAGGAAGAGAGACCAAUCUUUAGAGACAUAAGGCGGUAUUAUUGCGAGUACUGUGGAAUUUGCAGAUCCAAGAAAUCCCUCAUUACCUCUCAUAUCAUCAAGGAGCACCAGGAGGAGAUGACCCAGGAAGGAGCUGUUGGAGGUGCAGAAGUCGAAGAAGUGCACUCAAAUACUUGCCAGGAAUGUGGUGCCAGUUUCAGAAAAGCGGCAUAUUUGAACAAACACAUGCAAAGCCAUUCGGUUGAGAGGCCGUUUAUUUGUUCUGUGGAUGAUUGUUCUGCCAGCUAUAGAAGAAAAGACCAUUUGACACGCCACAUCCUUCAGCACCAAGGAAAACUAUUCAAAUGUCCAGUUGAAAAUUGCAAUCUUGAAUUUGUUUUUCCGAGUAAUAUUAAACGACACACGGAAAAAUUUCACAAUGAUGCUGAUAAUGAAUCACCUGCCUCCAGUGUUGGGGGUCAGAAACAGCACGUUUGCCAAGAAGUUGGGUGUGGGAAGGUGUUCAAAUUUGCAUCACAGUUGCAAAAGCAUGCAGAUUCUCAUGUUAAGCCAGACUCUAUAGAGGCAUUCUGUGCUGAACCAGGUUGCAUGAAGUAUUUCACAAACGAACAAUGUCUUAGGGCCCACGUACAGACCUGCCACCAAAAGAUUGAUUGUGAGAUUUGCGGUUCCAAGCAGCUGCGAAAGAACAUGAAGCGGCACCUUCGGACCCAUGACGGAGGAGAAAGUUCAUCAACGAGAAUAAAAUGUGAUUUUGAGGGCUGUCACCAAACGUUUUCAACUAAAUCUAACCUCUCUCAGCAUGUGAAAGCUGUGCAUCUUGAGCUCAAACCGUUUAUCUGUAGCUUUUCGGAUUGUGGCAUGCAAUUUGCAUACAAACAUGUGAGAGAUAAUCAUGAGAAGACAGGGUGCCACCUCUAUACUUGUGGAGACUUUGUGGAGUCUGAUGUGCAAUUCCGGUCAACGCCUAGGGGUGGACGGAAGAGAGAACCAAUUACGGUUGACAUGCUAAUACGGAAGAGGGUCAUGCUGCCUCAAUUGGAUCCUAGAAUGGAACAGUGUGAUGAGCAGUAGUGUUGGUUGGUUUGUCUGAAGACCAGGGCUCAAGCAGUGUUUUAUAUAAAGCAAAUAUAUUAGAUAUUUGUAAAUUGGUGGGAUUUACACUUUAUAACCUUCUCUUGGGAGGCUUCUGUAUGCAUGUGUGUUUGUUUUUGCUGGGUUCUAGGGCAAGUUUGUAUGUAAUGGGUUUGCACUCCGUUAAUAUGAUUAUAUUUUAUAUAAUCCUAGUUAGUUGUUCUUGUUGAA